CUCGUGUACCAAGGCGGCCGCUCUGACGUUAUACCAUUUGCAGCGAAGCUCCGACGCUUUAGUCCUUCCAUUUGGACUAAAGUUUGUCACGGCCAUGGCAAGGACGGUAUCAGCAAUGGCGAUGGCGUUGAGAGCUCUGGAUUUGUUUGCGCUGCUGCUGCUACUGCUCCUGCCAGGAUCCAUCUCAGGAGCUAGCAUCAAUGAUACGACUCCUCUGGAAUCGUUUCUUACCUCUGUGCAGUCCACCGCCUUUCAGGUCCUGGGCAAUGAAAACGGGACCUUUGAUCCGAAGUACUACGUCGAUCUGCCGCUCAAGCAGGACUUGGAGGUCACAAAAUCGGCUUUUGUGAAUCUCUCCCGCAGCAACAUUGAUAAAGGUUCGCGAAAACUUUUUCAUCUUUUGUUUUCUCGCUCCUAUCAUUGCUACUCGACAGGAAGGUUUAAUGAAUUUGUAAGCGAGCAUUUCAACGUGCCAGGGACUGACCUGGGAGACUACAAUCUCUCGGACUUUGCAAACACCCCCGAAAGGUUCCUUCCCAAAGUCAAGGAUGCCUCGGCUCGGGAAUUCGCUCUAAAAAUACAUUCGCUGUGGAAAGUUUUGGCAAAGAAGAUCAAGCGCGAGGUGGUCGAGAAACCACAGCGCCAUACUUUGCUCCCGCUUCCAAACGUUGUUGUGAUUCCUGGAUCGAGGUUUCGCGAAGUUUACUACUGGGACACUUACUGGAUCAUCAGGGGACUUCUCGUGAGCAAAUUGUAUGAAACAGCCACAUCGGUUGUCGGAAAUCUCAUUUACCUCGUCAAUACUUACGGAUUUGUUCCCAAUGGUGCUCGGAGCUAUUAUCUCAAUCGAAGCCAGCCUCCGCUUCUCAGCGAAUCCGUCAAGGCAGUAUACGCCGAAACCAAGAAUAAAUCGCUAAUAGAGGAAGCUUUUCCUGCACUCUUAAAAGAACAUUCGUUUUGGUCGUCAGAUCGUUUCACAGUCCACAUUCGCGAUGGUCAUGGGGUUAAGCACGUACUAACGAGAUACAACGCGAAUUUGUACUCGCCAAGGCCAGAAUCGUAUAUUGUUGACACUGACACUGCCAAGAACUUGGGAAGUUCGCAGGAAAAAUCCAAGCUUUACCACCAAAUCGCGACCGCUGCUGAAAGUGGCUGGGAUUUCAGCUCCCGCUGGAUGGCGAAUCGCCUAAACCGAACAACACUUGUGACGGCCUAUAUUCUUCCUGUGGAUCUCAACUCGUUUUUGCUACAGAUGGAAAACAAUAUCGCGUAUUUUGCCAAGCUCUUAGGAAAGAAAGAGCUCCAAAGGCGAUUUCACAUGCAUGCAACGUCGAGAAAAGCUGCCAUAAAUGCCGUGUUUUGGAACGAAGAAAUGGGACAAUACCUCGACUACUGGCUGGUGAAACGCAAUGCCACAGACAUUGAAUUCAAGCAGCAAAAGAUCUACAGUUUCGACAAACAGAACCAAAACACUGAUGUUUUUCCUUCCAACUUUUUCCCUCUUUGGUGCGGAGUGGUGCGACCAGGCGAUGAGAAAGUUUCGAAGCUCGUCUCUUCUUUUAAGAAAUCGGGGCUGCUGUUAGCUGCGGGUGUGGUCACCUCACUGAGAGAAACAGGAGAGCAAUGGGACUACCCGAAUGCUUGGCCCAAUCUCCAGCAUAUUAUAAUAGAAGGAUUUGCUGGUGCUAGAUCUGUGGAAGGGUUGGCCCUGGCGGAGGAUAUAUCCCAGCGCUGGCUAAAGUCGAGCUAUGCGGAAUUCCAAAGGGUUGGGAAGAUGCUGGAGAAGUUAGACGCGAGAUACUGUGGCAGGAGUGGUCUUGGUGGAGAGUACAAUCCUCCGACUGGCUUUGGAUGGAGCAAUGGUGUUGUCUUGAGCCUGUUUGAGAAAUUUGGCUGGUCUACAAAGUCAAAAUUGACUUGCUAAACAUUUGCUUGAUUGCUUUCGAUAUUUAAAUAUAAACAUGAUAUGAGGGUUCACUAAC